CCCUGCUGGUGCUGUUGAGACUGGCAGCAACAGCAGAGCUCAGCUUCAGCUUCAGCUUUAGCCUAGACUGGACCUCACUGGUUGUUUUUGUGUGGGAACGUCUGGAUCUGCAGUUUUUUGGUGGGACAGACGUACGAACGGAUGGACAUGCUGCCUAAAACCCGUCUGGGAAAGCGUUCUCCACUGGGGGCGCUGGUGAGCUCCACCUGCCCAGCAACAGGACCACGGAUAGACCAGGAGACCGGGGAGACCAGCAUGAGCAGAGUCAAAGGUCACCCUGGACUCAAGGUCUACUUUCAGUGUGGACAGGAUGAUCCUGCUGGUUCCUCGGACCACGUUGACCUCAUGCACAGUGACGUCUCUAUCUGGCCUUCGUCUCCUCCCUCCUCAUCCUCGUCCUCAGCGUCUCCGUCCUGCAGCAGAUCUGUCUCCUCCUCCAUCGACGUCCCCAGAAGUCAGAGGAGUCCAGAUGAGGUGGACAUGGACGAGUUGAUGGCAGCGAUGGUCCUCAGCAGUUUGUCGUGCAGCCCCUUGCUGCAUAGCCCCGCCCUCCCGGACACCACAGCUCCUCCCAUGGACUGCGGUGGAGGCGAACUGUCUGACAGCAGCAGCGGCUACUGGAGCGUUGGCCACAGCAACAGAAGCCCUGCCCCUUCUCCACCGAUGACGGAGUCCGACGCCGGCCCGACCACGCCCCCUGACGAGGGGCUGGACAUGGAGAUGGAGCAGAUGCUGUUUGAGGAACCGGCGCCACGGAAACGCAGGAACUCAGUAAAGGCGGCGUUCAAAUGUCUGUGGCCCAGCUGUGGGAAGGUCCUGACGUCAGUGGUGGGAAUGAAACGCCACAUUCGUACCACGCACCUGAGUCGUGGUGCUGAACAUGAGCGAUGCUCCCGCAGUGAGGAGGAUUUUUACUACACUGAGAUCAACCAAUGGGAUCAGCAGCAGCAGUCCCCGCCCCUUCCUGUCCACAGUGGCCCCGCCCCCUCCUCCCCUAGCCACACCUCCUCCCCGCCCAGCCCCCCCCCUCCCUCACCUCCAUCCCCACCUCCUCCAGGCUGCAGUGUCCUCAGUCGCUCCGCCCCCUCCUCUUCCUCCGGCAGCUUCUGGCAGGUCCAAUCAGAGCACUCCUACCAGGCCCCGCCCCCAAGUCACAUGAUCAUUGCUGCAGUUCCAAGCCCCACCUGUCGUUGGACGGCUCCACUCACCAGCUGCCAGAGCAGACAGGGUUUGGCGUGUCGUGUCCGCUCAGUCAGCGUUGGAGAACAGUGGCUGCAGCAGCACAGUGCCCCCUGCAGGAGGGUUCGCGGUGAAGCCAAGAAGUGUCGUAAAGUCUACGGUAUCGAACACAGGGAGCAGUGGUGCACAGCCUGUCGAUGGAAGAAGGCCUGCCAACGCUUCCUGGACUGAACUGGAUCCACACACCUGGAUCUAGACCUGGACCUGGACCUGGACUUGGACCUGGACCUCAGCUCCACCUGGUGGAUGUUUUUUUACUCUGUACAGACAUGUUUUUUUCACUCUCCUCUUCUUUCUACAUUUGAUAGAAGUAUUUUCCAUUCGUUGUAUUUUGUUGAUGCCGUCAUCUUAAUGAACCUGUUUCUGUUUAACCAACGGGGGCAGCUACGACCAUGUGACCUUUGACCACCCUGUGUCUGUUUAACCAAUGGGGGCAGCUACAAUCAUGUGACCUUUAAUGAACCUGCAUCUGUUUAACCAACGGGGGCAGCUACGAACAUGUGACCUUUGACCCUCUGAGUCAGGCUCUUUUUCAGCUUGUUCCAAAAACUACUGGUAACCAUGGCAACACUCCGGCUGGGGUUGGACCAUGAAGGGGUUUGACUCUCGAUGCUUCGUUCAUGUCACGUUGGCAGAACAGGAUGGCGACGGUUGCCAUAGCAACACAGAACUCAGCUGAGUUUAGGAGAGUGUGUAAAGCCCAGGGUGUAAAUAAAGUCCUGUUGAUUUGUUCUGUUACUCAGCGAGUCGUAAUAGAUGAUGUGAUCCAUCAGUAGGGAUGGGACAAGAACCUGGUCCAGGACCGGUCUGGAUCAGACCCCCAGUAGAAGGUCCACAUUGACAUCAGUCUCCACAUCCUGGGUCCAGACCUGGGGCUGAUGGUGGGUUUUCUCAGUCUUUCAUCUGUUUUGAUGGUUGUCUCUGAUAAUUGUCCAAGUGGAUGUUGUGGAACCUCAGCUCCUUCAUGAAUACAUGUGGGAGUUUCAGGCCCUCAGCUGGGUGUAGGAACUCACCAGCAGCCUCCUCCAUCAUGCUGCAGAUUCCAUAACCUGUGGUUGCAGUGGCUUGAACUUUUCAGAUGUAGAUGAACGUUUUCGGGGGUUUUGUUGCUACUCUGAACCCUGAUCUGGGCUUUAGAUCUGACUACAACAGUGGCGUUUCCGCGUGUUAUUUAGUUGAAACUCACCAACACCACGGUAACGAUAAUAAGUUUUAUGCUGCCUUCACGUGCAAGGGGAAUUAUGAUAAAUACUAGUUAUGAAGUGGAAAACGCCCCCUGGCGUCGUAUUUCCACUCAAGAACUGGGUAAAAUGAAGAUGAAAAUGACCUUUGACCUUUUCAACAUGGCACAGAGCGAUGAGCAAUUCACAGCCAAAGGUAAACAAACGGGGGUUUUAUUAAUCUUCUGCUGCUGUCAGCUGAUGAUUUGGCACAUAUAUACUUUGCACAAUUUGAGAAAAAAAAUUACAAAAAAAACCCCUAGUAGCAUUUCACUACGCCAACAAAAGCACUUGAACACAACGCACUUGUAAUUUUGAAUUGACUAGUGGAGAUAAUCAUCUUCCUGACAGCACCCGAAGGCAGCAGUAUUCUCCUGAAUGUUUGACGAUGCAUUUUUUUUUAUUUCUGUCUGAACGUGAUGUGACACAGCUUUAAACUUUAACCUUCACCUUCAGGUCACACGGUCCAAAGCGUCUUCAGGAACAGGUUCAUGUCAAAAAAGGGUGCAGUCAGAGGCUUGGAUGGACCAUCGGUGUUACAUGGUGCAUUCGGAGGCUUGUACGGACCACCGGUGUUACGUGGUGCUUUCAGAAGCUUGUACGGACUGCCGGUAUUACGUGGUGCGUUCAGAGGCUUGUACAGACCAUCUGUGUUCAGAUGCACUUCAGCUCCAUUUAUUAACUCGUUGUUGUCAAACGUUAACGGAACUAAACUCUCUGUUGAUGUGGUCGUCCGUCGGGUUCAGACGUCAUGUCUUUGGAAGCAGAAGCCGUUUCUCGUGUCUAUAGAACCUCCUGCAGGACGUCCAACAUAAGGCCCAUGGACCUGAACCAAAGGGUCCGAUCCAGCACAUGGACGAAUUUAUGACGGAAGAUAUGAGUCACUUUAGUUCAGGUUCCACAUUCAGACCAGUACGAUCUAAAGUGGGUCAGAACCAGAACAAUCAGAACAUAGGCUACGUUCAGACUGAAGGCAAAUCAAUCAAUCAAUCAAUCAAUCCAGUUUUAUUUAAAUAAGGCCAAAUCAAAACAAAAGUUACCUCAUGACACUUUACAUAUAGAACUGGAAUAAACCAGACUGUUAAACCAAUGUACAGAACCAACAGAAUCCAAUAGAACCUACAGAAUCCAAUAGAACCAACAGAAUCCAACAAAACCAACAGAACCAAUAGAACCAACAGAAUCCAACUAAAUGUUCUGUGUGUUUGUUGGAUUUGUACUAAAUGUUUGUUCUUGUUAUUGAUUAAUUCGAUCAUAUGUGCUGGCUUUUUUUUUUUCGUUUAUUUUUGUCAUAUUUUGUUCUUCCUAUUCUUUAUUUUGUUCAUAUUUCUUCAUUUUUUGUUAUUUUUUUCUGUUAAUGGUGCUCAUGUUUGUCAAAUUUCUCCAAAGUACUAAAUGUUUUGUUUAUUUGUAAAUCCUAAUUGCACUUAUUUUUCUGAAUACAUUUCAGUUCGUUCCUGUUUUUGACAUUUCUCAAGGAUAGUUUGUCAUUUUUAUCAUGUACUUUGACUGUUUUCACUGUAAAACACAGUCUGUAUUUGUCAUUAUUGUAGGUUCUUGUGCUGUUCUUGUCCUGGUUCUGGUCCACUUUAGAUCCUGUUGGUGUGAAUGUGGAACCUGGGGUCACACGACUUAGAUGUCCAGUCCAAGAUGUUUGACACUGAACUAUAGACAGUCUAUUUUUAUACAUUUCUGCUCCGUCUUCCUGAAGCCUCAGAGGCAGACUGUGGGCACUUUAGGCUUCAUUUAUGUUCCGUUUUUGUCCGGAACAUAAACUAAAAAUUCAACCAUGUACAUGUUGAUCGUUGUAAUCGUUCCAGUGUUUGUUUGUUUUUUAAGAUGCACUCUUUUAUACACGAGGUCAAACCUGAUGUUGAAAUAAACUCAUAUCAACUUUC